ACCGUGGCGGCGACGAAUAUGAAUGAGACUAGCAGCAGAUCCCAUGCGGUCCUCACUCUUCUCGUCACGCAACGAGAGUCCGACGGCACAACAGAUACUGUGGGCGAAAAGGUCAGCAAAAUCAGCUUGGUGGAUCUGGCGGGAAGCGAGAGAGCCGAUGCAACCGGCGCGAAGGGAACUCGUUUAAAAGAGGGUGCGAAUAUUAAUCGUUCGCUGACAACACUUGGCAAAGUCAUUGCCUGCCUAGCCGAAAUGGCGACUUCGAAGAAAAAGAAGAACGACUUUAUUCCCUACCGAGACUCUGUACUCACAUGGUUGCUGCGCGAAAACCUUGGCGGUAAUUCGCAGACUAUGAUGCUCGCGACCCUCUCGCCGGCGGAUAUCAACUAUGAUGAGACCCUGUCCACGCUGCGCUACGCGGAUCGAGCUAAGCAGAUUGUCUGCAAGGCGGUCAUCAAUGAGGACCCGAACGCUCGCAUGAUUCGGGAGCUGAAAGAGGAGGUAAAACGUUUGCGCGAAAUACUCCGGCUGGAGCGAAGCACUAUCGGUACCGAGAGACAUAUUGGCAAUCCCUACCGGUUUCGCGACAACUGGAUCCCUACCGGAGACCUUUGUUUGGUUGUCGGCAUAUCAUUGCGACGAUAA